AGUUGUCACAUGGUAUAACAUUUACAGAGUACAGGUAAUUCCAAAAUCAAGUUUCUGGGUAUACACAGACAAACCAGAGGUGCUCCAGGGAUAACAACUUAUUUACAUGAUACAGCCAUUUGCAACAUUAUGGCCGAUUGUGGUAACAACAUGCACAACCUUGCACUGCUUACUGGACUCAUCAUGUCCGUCAUUGCUCAUUCGGUUAACCCUAUAUCAGUUGCAAAUGAGCACGCUUUGGGCAAACGUAAACAUAGUGAAGUUGAUGCUAAAGAUAUGAACAUGGUUGACGAAUCUAAGAAAAACACACUGCACUUGAUUACUAGGACAGUUUCUAAUUCUGUUAUCGUGACAUCAACACCGAAAUACCGAGAAAUUGUGAAUUUGGUCAAACCAUCAACAUCAACUAUAGCCUUACCAAAAGCUUACGGACCACUGGGAAUUGACAAUAAAGCGUAUCGUUAUAAACCUGCAUUGAUACAAAGAAAUGACGAUCGUACAACUAAGGAGCAAUACAGCGAGCAUGGUCCAGACAACACAGAUAGCUAUGAAAUAGAUGAUACCGAUGAGGAUGAUACAGCCGAGGAAGAGGAAAUCACAACCAAAACUGCACAAAUUCCUCAACAGAGCACUCGCAAAGAUCGCACGAAGGAGAAAAUGACACGAGUGUACGACACAAUCCCUUUUGCUCAAGUGCAUAGUUCUACUACGAAACCCAUUGACAAUCGCGUGAACAUCAACGGACAAUCUCUGGAUAGACCAAGCGACAAUGAAGAUGGAGUGCAAACAUCAGUAGAUAAGGAUGGAUGUGACCGAAAGCUUAACAUAUGCCCUCCUGAUAUGGAAUGCAUCAACACGCAUGGUAGUUACAAAUGCAUCAAUAGGCGUAUUACACCACCACCUCGCUUCGCUCACCACAACGAAAAAACAGAUGGUGCGCCUGUUGCUCACAGAAUACUGUCAGGGCAUGAACUGAUGAUAGGAAUACUCAUAUGGCUGAUCGCAUUAACACUGCUAGUAAUCGCCCUCCUAACGUGUAUGAUCGCCGUCCGAUACAACUAUGCAAAUUCCAAGGAGAUGUACAAGUACCAUAAAUUCGUGUAUGACAAGAACGCGCCGAUUCACAUAGAACGGGACAGAUAUUGCAGUACCCCCGAUUACACUAUGCUGGGAAAAUCAAGGAGGCCUAGUGUCUAUAGAAAACCACAUCAUAAAAGAUCUAGCAAGGACUUCCAUUCUCCUGACACAGAAACAUCGAAGUUAUCAAGAUCACAUCACAGAACGCCAUCCUACUCAGAAUCCCGAUCGCCCAAAAACAGUCAACUUCAAGUGUAUUCUCCUACCUCUUUACCAAAGAUUUCAAUCCAACCAGAUGGCGUAUUCACCACUCCUCAAACUCCUAAUAGAUUAUCUGUGGAUCGUCCUACCCCUUAUAUGUCAAAAUGGAUGUCACAUUGUGAACCGAGUACGUCUUUAAUCGAGCCUGGACGUAAUGACGAACCAGUUGACUUGUACUAGAAAGAGAAUAUGUAGUUACACUGCACAACUUUAAUACACCGUUUCAUUAUGGACUGUGUUAUGGUUGUUCACCCAUAGAACUGGUUGUAAUCUUGCCCCGACAAACCAUGGUAAUUCAAGAGGGUCUUACCACAUGCUUCCACCACACAGUAUCAGGACUACAGUAAGGGGCCAUAUCAGGGUAGUGUUACAGUGUAUCAUAUGAAGAAACCUUUUGUAGCUAUGAUACCAUGUGUUUGCAAAAAGUAUGAUCAUGUUUUGUCAUGGCAGGGUGUCGAGAGUUCCUGCGUAUAGACCAUGAUUGAAGGGCUGUUGGUAUUUACCUUUAUAGACUGUUAUUGGAUGUAUACCGGCAGUUGGUUCAAUAAGGGAUACAUAGGGACAUGUUGUGUCCAUAAUAGACUAACUGAUGUUACUCAAUAAGAGUAUAUAUGUACAAUUGUAUCAUUUAAAGUACAACAUACUGUACUUAGUUUUUGACAAGAACAUUGUCAUUGUAUACUUAAGUUAAAAGCUACAAUACCUGACCAGAUGUCUGGUAAAGAAACAUGAAUGAUUAUACAUAGUAAUAACAACAAAUAUUUAUAUUUUUUGAAUAUAUAUUUUAAUUUGAAUUGUACAAAUAACAAUCCUUUCAACUUUUUUCUGUAUGACAUUUACAGUUGUUAGGCCAAGUAGAGUUGGCUAAUUAAGGUAGGUAACGUAGAAAGAGUAACCAGUCUGAUAGACUUGGAGCGUUAAUACCUCAGCUUGCAUACAAACAUCAUAUGCACAACUAGUCUUGCAUUGAGCCCCAACAUCCCCACUCUCUUUUGUUUAGGUUUGAGACAGAAUGGGGAAGGGGAGUACAGAGGCCUGAUGUGAGACUUUGCAAAAUUCUUUGGAUGUGACCUACCUAAAUAUUUCAAUGAGAUCCAACUUGAUUGACACUUGUUGAGUUUACAUGUAUAAUCACUACUGUAGAAUAACAUAUUUAUAUUGUAAAAAUUUGUUGAUUAAUGUAGUGAAAAAUUCAUCCAUGGUUGAAACCAAAACUUUAACAGUCCCAUCAUUUUUUGCAUUUUGGAAUGACCUUCACUGUGCACAUUAUCAUAAGAUAUCAGUGUUGAUGCUUAACAUUGCCCAAAAUGGACAGACAUGGAGUUGCAAUACAAUAUUAUUACAUAUAUGUGAAGCAGCAUUUACAGCAGAAUAGUUUAAAUAAAUACAAAUAAAUAUGUUAAUGUAUAUAAAUGAAUAGGGGAUUACUUCGAUUUCUGUCAUUAAUGGCACUGUAUUUGAUUGUAUUAAUUUUGAAUUUUGUUAGAUAAUUAUCCCAAUUAAACUGCCAACCGUAAUAAUUUCAUUUUAUAGCUGUUUUUAACAGAUCAAUUUAGUUUAGCCCAAGCUCUACCCUAAAAUUCUCUGUUAAAAGGAAAUGAUGAUUGAAACUGUAAAAUGAAAAUAGAUGGGUAGACUAUGAAAGUAAUUUAUACAGGUUUUUGGGCAUAUUACAUAUGCUUUGGGUUAAAAAAUGCUACAGGAUGUUAAGAAUAUUUCAUUACUGCUUUCUUAAAUAAUACAUUGAGAUAUCAAUUUGGAAUGCUUAUCUACAUGUGAAUAUUGAUUUGGGAAUGAUACACAAGAUGAAAUGCAUACAAUUAUUAAUGAAUUGUGACAAUACUGCUUACACAUAGGCCUUUAUAGUGAACAUUUAUCUGAUUAGACAAUACUCUUCACGUUGUUGCUAUGUCAACCAGUCCAAGUUACCAUAGCAACAUGACCAUGGCCAGUUGUAUUACUCAUUGUAUAUGUCUAUUGUCUACACAGAGCCCUUACUAUUUAUUGUACAUAUUCAUGACUAUCUAGAUGCCAUCCUAUCAUACAAUAUACAAGGUGUCCAUAAAAGCUCUACUAUUACAAAACAAAGCCUGUGUAAAGAUUCUUUAUGG